CUGUCGUUGUUACUGCUAUGUUCAGAGCAACCGUAGUAAUAGUAAGAAUGACCUGCACUUAGGAGAAGGGGCCGUACAAUUUACUUAAUAUAUUUAAUGUAGUGAUUUACUGCAGUGGGUUAGGGCACAAAAAGCAGCUACAAAAUGACCCAGGAUAAAAAAGACAAAAUUGGUGUCAAAACAAAUUGCAGCUCAGCCAAAUCAAAAACAGACAGCCAUAAGGUCAAAAAGAAAAUUUCAUUCACUGUUAUGCAUUACAGCAAAGGAGAGUUUUUAAGGAGCAAGUUGAAAGAGGAUAAUGAAGUAGCUUUGCAGACGUUUACAGGGAGUUCCUCCCUAGCAAGAGGAGCAGCACAGGAAAAGGCACAAAGGAGACUUUUGGAUACUGAAGAUGAACUUUCUGACAUCCAAUCUGAUUCAGUCCCACUGGAAGUACGAGACUGGCUGGCUUCUACCUUCACGAGGAAAAUGGGGAUGACGAAAAGGAGACCCGAAGAAAAGCCAAAAUUUCGAAGCAUCGUACAUGCUGUACAGGCUGGGAUAUUUGUAGAAAGGAUGUACCGAAGGACCUCUAACAUGGUUGGUUUGGCAUACCCAGCAGAAGUGAUAGUAACAUUUAAGGAUGUUGAUAAAUGGUCAUUUGAUGUGUUUGCCUUAAAUGAAGCAAGUGGAGAGCACAGUCUGAAAUUCAUGAUGUACGAGCUGUUCACCAGAUAUGACCUUAUGAGCCGUUUCAAGAUCCCUGUGCCCAGUCUUAUUUCAUUUGCAGAAGCUUUGGAGGUUGGUUACAGCAAGUACAAAAAUCCAUACCACAAUCUGAUCCAUGCAGCUGAUGUUACUCAAACCGUGCAUUACAUAAUGCUUCAUACUGGUAUCAUGCACUGGCUCACAGAACUGGAAAUCUUAGCUAUGAUCUUCGCAGCUGCAGUCCAUGAUUAUGAGCAUACUGGGACCACAAACAAUUUCCAUAUUCAGACAAGGUCAGAUGUUGCAAUUUUGUACAAUGAUCGUUCUGUUCUUGAAAAUCAUCAUGUGAGUGCUGCUUACAGACUUAUGCAAGAGGAUGAGAUGAACAUUCUGGCAAAUUUAACCAAAGAUGACUGGAGGGAACUGCGUAGCCUGGUCAUUGAGAUGGUCUUGUCAACAGAUAUGUCAGGACAUUUCCAGCAAAUUAAAACAAUGCGACAUACUCUGCAGCAGACAGAGGGGAUAGACAAAGCCAAAGCCAUGUCUUUGAUUCUACAUGCAGCAGACAUAAGCCAUCCAGCAAAAUCUUGGGAACUGCACUACCGGUGGACAACAGCACUGAUGGAAGAAUUUUUUCGACAGGGAGACAAGGAGGCUGCUUUAGGGCUACCAUUUUCCCCACUCUGUGACCGCAAAUCUACCAUGGUGGCUCAGUCCCAAAUAGGUUUCAUUGAUUUCAUAGUAGAGCCCACGUUUUCUCUUCUAACGGACUCAAUGGAGAAAAUUAUUAUUCCUCUUAUAGAGGAAGCUUCAAAGUCUGAAAGUUCUGCCUUUGGAGCACCCAGCCAGCAUAGCUUGGGAGGAGUAAGCAAUGCUGAUGUACAAAGAAGACCCAGUGUUAAAAGUACUACAAGUGAUGGAGGGACUUCCACAGACAAUUCUUUAGCAACAGUAGACCUAUCAAGCUUUAAGGACAACUUGGUGCAGAUCAUUCAAGAAAACAAAGAAAGAUGGAAAGAGUUAGCUGUGCAAGACAUAUCAGGAAAAGAAAGUAACAGAAGUAAAGACCAAGGCAGUAAAAGAGCAGACGUAGGAAUACAGGAGAAAGCAUCAAGACGUAGAGAAGAUUCUGUACUGUCUAGUAAAUCCUGUCCUGUCUCAACUCCACUACCAAAUGUUCCCACUGGUUCUGUACUACAGGACCCUGAUAGUAACACAGCUGAGCCAAUGGAAAUCAACUUUUUAGUUUAUAAUGCAGACUCAGAGCUUCUACAGCCACAGGACAGUGAUACUAUGGAGACCACAGAAUCAUAUGAGGAUUUCAUAGGGAAUGAACCUGCAUGGAGUAAGGAGGGUCGGGACAUAGAGUCAGAUAUACAAGAGAUGAGAGACAUGAUACCAAGAACAAGGAGUCUGGGUCCUAAUGAGAGUGAUGAUAUCAUCAUUGAGGAAUAUAUACCUGACUAUCCUGAACCUGAAUCCCAACCAUUAACCCAUUCCUGUGAUUACCUUGCCAAAACUUUUCAAGAACACACCACUAACGUUUCUUUUUUUCAGGCAGAUUUAACUAAGAGUGACAUGGAGAUUUUAUCACUGUGGAAUGAAGAACUUGUGAGAAAUGUUGGUGAACAGCAAAAAGACCAAAGCAGAAAACCCGCAGAUGCACAAUUACAGGAGGAAACAACCAGGACACAAAAUGAGAGUAGUCAGGGAAGCGAUGACACGCCUUUACCAAGAAGCGUCACUCCCAGUUCCUUCGUCCUACAAGUUAUAACUUUCGACUGUCCUCCUAGUGCAUCCAGCUCGGAGAAAUUCACUAACUCUGAUCCAAACCAGAAAGAUCUCACCGAGGCACAGCAAGAAACACAGCCCACUGACCCAUUGAAUGGUAAUAUCUCAUCACAAAACACACAUCAGUCUAAUGAAGUGGUGCAGGGUGGAGCUGCCGCCGUGUCUGUUACAUCCCUAUUAAGCUUUGAUAUCCAUAAAAUGUCCAAUUAAGUAGUUGUUCGAGCCUGCAGUUUAGGAAUGGCCCUUCCUCAGACAUAUGUAGAAACUGAAGUG